UUCAUGUUUGAAUCAGACAUCACCGCAGCCUGUUCGACCGCACCACGGCACAUAACAAUAUCAGACGCAGCCUGGUGUGCAUCAGGAAAAGAACCGGCUGCACCUGCAAAACCGAAGACACCGGGACCACGACCACGCUCAACACCCAUGCAAGCCCCUUCACGAGCACCACCUAAGUCCGCACCACGAACGACUCACGUGGCUUCCACACGCUCGCAGAGCCGGCCUCCUCAUGCCCGACUUCCCAACGUCUCCGGGCCACGACCACGGCUGUUCUCCGCCUUCCUCCUGUUCCAGCUCCUCGACAGCCCUGCGCGCCUGUGCCACCGAAGACCGUGCGCUUCGCACCUGCAGCUGCUCCAGUCUCCACGCCAGCGGCACCAGCGACGCUUCCAGCCGGCCCGGUCUCCAUGCACACUGCACCAGCGACUGGAGCGAUCUCCGCACCUGUGGCACCUCCCGCCGAACCAGUCUCUGUGCGCAUCACUCCAGCGGUUGCUCCAGACUCCACGCCAGCUGCACCAGCGGCUACUCCAGUCUCCAUGCCAGCUGCAUCAGCGACGCUUCCAGCCGGCCCGGUCUCCAUGUGCACUGCACCAGCGACUGGAGCGAUCUCCGCACCUGCGGCACCUCCCGCCGAACCAGUCUCUGUGCGCAUCACUCUCCAGCGGUUGCUCCAGACUCCACGCCAGCUGCACCAGUGGCUGCUCCAGUCUCCACGCCAGCGGCACCUGCGACGCUUCCAGCCAGCCCGGUCUCCAUGCGCAAUGCGCCAUCGACUGGAGCAAUCUCCGCACCUGCGGCACCAGCGACUGCUCCGGACUCCACGCCCACGGCUGCAUUGGACUUUGCGCGCACCGCGCCAGCACCUGUUCCAGCGCACGCCGCACCACAACCAGUCUCAAGGCCAGACGGUGCGUCGUUCGCACGCAUGCCGUCGGAACCUUCCCCUCCUGCGCCUCCUCAUCCUGCUCCAGCUUCACUGCCGGCACAGAAGAUGACGAUCGAGGACGCAAACCUGGAGACGUUGUUCCUAUUUGGGGUUUCAACAGCAGAACCAUCUCCACCUCACACAUAUUCAUUAUGGGAGCCUCAUGGAUCUAUAACACCGGCGGAGGGAUGAGUGUCUCAUUAUGUCUGUCUCAGUGCAAGUGUGUGUGUGUGUGUGUGUGUGUGUGUGCCUGUGCACUGCUGUUUGUUUCUCUCUACUGGUAAUGACAUCUAUCUAUGCAACACCAUGCAAUGCAUGUUAUAUCAAGGGAAAUUGGAAGCAGUCACAUUGCAGAGGUUUUGAACAUGCUUGAACUACUGUCCUACCGUCUCAUCUCACCAAGAUGUAAUGUUGUGUGUGUGUGUGUGUUUGUGUUUCUGUAUGGUCCUGCACUAACCCCUUGUUCUAUGCUGUGCAUACACAUGGUCAGAUCUGUUCCCAUUUUCAUAUCUGCAAGCCUUAAAUUAGUGACUACAUUCUGGAAACAAGCAGAGAAAACAUCUCCAGACCAAAGCAGCUUAUAAAACAGACUUGGCAACACAGAAUGCAGUUAAGAAUAACUUUGAACAACACUAUUUUUAUUCAUCAUGAUGAGAUAAGAGCCAACCAGCCACAUGGAGAAUAUUAAAUAAAAUACAGCGGGUGUUGUGUUCAUAGCUCUAAACAUUUCAGCAUGUAGAUAAUGAAGAGUUUAGAGAACGUUGCUCCAUGACCCCGCCAAAAAGCUCACAUUGAAGAGAUAGGUUUAUGUCACACAUCUAGCUGUGUAAACAUUAAAUUUGGACUCAUGCUGUGGGGAAUAACAUCAGAGACAAAUCGGCAGAUAUAUGGGCGAGAUAAUAGGAGUUGACAGUCGGCCAUUAGAGGGAACAGUUGAGAAAACAAGCUGAUAAAUGCUUAUUGAAUUACACCAUGGGAGGGAGGUUAUUGAAGUUGUGGAGUUGGCUUUCUCAAAUGCAUUCCAUUGUUUCCCUUAAGCAAUGUUUCCUGGCAUCCAUCCCCAGGCUGUGUGGUCACCAGCAGCAGCAUCCGUGAAACAAGUUUAUGACAGCAAUUUAUCUCCUUCUUUGUUCUCCUGAAAGCAAGGUUUGUGAUUAGCCAUUGAUUCAAUAAGCAAGACUGAAUGAUUUGGCGCGGCAGUUUUCUUCCUGUGUAAAACUAUGUGACAAAAAGGAUUCACAUAAUAAAAUAUCACUAGGAAAGAUCUCCAGGAGAUCAGUCUAGUCAGCUUGUUAUACCUUGUCAAAGCAUGUGCUCGAGGCACCUUCCAGCACCUGCAAAUCAGAAGCAAAAAUUCUGCAAAAGCUGGCUCGGCCAUUAAUGUGUCAAUAUAUUUUGGUGCAGUAUUUUUUGUGCACUUCUCCAACCGUGAGGGAGGGCGGAGCCCAGAAUUACUCUCAACACACAGAUGCAACAAAUUAUCAUUCUGAGGGUCCAACCAACGCAGCUGUCAUUUUCACACACAGCAUUUAUGUCAUUUAAAUACCAAGUAGAUUGGGUGAAUUUGUCUUAAACCUAUUUGGUCCAUGAAUGCCCAAGUGUGUUGAAGUCUACUUUUCAUCAUGUUUUUAUCUAUCUAGAACUGUUGAAUGAUUUUAUUUGAUAAAUAUGUUCUUUUGAAUGUCCCAGGUCUUUCUGCCUUGUAGUUCCCAGCAGGUGGAGCUGAUGCACUGCACUGCACAUAUUUAUUUAUGGAAAUGUAUUUAUACAUUGUUUAAAAAUCGUUUUCAUAUAUUUCAUUAUUUUUAUGACCCAAAGAACUUGGUAAG